CUUUGUACAAGUACUCUCUGUCAUCCUGCUCUUUUAAAGAGGGAUGUCUAUGGUCAGAAACUACGCUUAUGGCUACAGCUAUUCCCUCAAGAAACAAACACCCGUCUCAUACGGACAACGGUGGUAAAAAGUCUCUGUUUCUUCGACUACCUCUAGCAGACUGUGUAACGUGGUUCAUUUGAAACUGCUCGUAAGAACAGCGUCGUCAUAAAUCUUUUAUGAAGAACCAACUGUAAGCGCUCUUCCUGCUGUUGGCAGGUAAAUGCAAUAUGUAUUGAUUCAGCUGUAAUCUCAUUAAGAAUGAUCAUGCCUGACGCAGUCUCACGUUAGGUUGUGCCUUUGAUACAAAUAGACAAGAUAGGUAAACAGUCCCAAAUAGGGUUAUCUUACUUGACAUAUUUCUCAUUGACUGGAUAUUGUAGAAAGUCAUGGACGUUAACUGGCACGUGAAAGACAUGGCUUAAUUUCUUAGCAAAAUAUUCGUUAUAUCAUUUCACUUAAAAUGUGUUGGUGAAUGGUUUGUUUCCACAUGACGUCCGACAAACGUUUGUAAUUAGGAUACUGAUUUAAUGUAAUAGAAAAUAAUUAUGUAAUUUGUAUCUACCCAUUGUGAAAACUGAGUCUAACCCUAUCAUACGGCUACGGCUAAGCUAAGUAAUAUUUCAAGAAAUGAAUCAGCGCUGCAAGAGUUAACUGAUAUAAAGUGGGCUGAGCUUAGGCCAUUUGAUUGGCAUGUCUUUCUCUGUUGCUCACAAUAGAAAAGGGAGUGUUUUCCUUGGGUGGGUGGUGUGAUAUGUAAAGAGAGGGUGUGCUUUAGAUCCAUAUGAGCAAAUGAGUUGCCUUCUUGGGGCUCAGAUCUUCCGACUCAAGGGUGACGUCGUAGGCUUACAGGUGCAGAGGGCGGGGUAGUGUCCGUAGACAGGGCGACAUCGCAGGGAACACAGAAGGCGAUUGAAAGAUGUGUGUGUGUGUGUGAUAGCGGUGCUGCAGGUACAGCGACAGGCAGCAGAUUGUGCUUUUCGUUCCAGCCCUGGAACAUCAAAACCCAGGUCCCGGAGAUACCCCUGUUCUCCUGCAAUGUCGGGCGGCGACGUUCAUGUGCUCCGCCAAGAAUCCGGGCAGGAGAGCCCGAGGAUGCCGGCCUGGAAAAGAGAGAUCCUCGAACGCAGAAAAGCAAAGGGCAGCGGGUCUGGGGCAGGUGGCGAGUCCUCUUCGAGCGCAGCUACAACUCGCGUUAAUGGCGAGGUAACAGGAAAUAGCGGAUCUAAAAAUAAGGACGAUGCCAGCAGCGCUAAUCCUAACGGGAACUAUACCAUCACCCCUGCCAGUCAGGUUUUCGUUAGCAAGCGUGGCAGCGGCACCCCCAAAUCCCCGGAGCUCUCACCGGUGAAAACAAAAGAUCUGUGGACGGCCAUAGAAUCCUACGACCCGACAUCUGCGGAGAGUAAGGUAAGGGACAACGGAACUCAAGAGAGCCUAGUGUUACAAGAGAGUUUGGGUCCGUUACAGGAGAACCCUUUUAUUAAAUUGGAGAAGGAGCGAAAGAGGCGACUGGAUCGGGAGAACUCCUCACGUCCCGUGCAACACAUAUUGGAACUGUAUGGCAGUGUUCCUGGAAUUCGGACUAUUCGUGCAGAGAACAUCAUCAUUAUCGAAUCCGAUCCAGAUUACUUUCCGGGGGAAAGCGGCAUUAAACAUGCAUCUAAACUGCAGCAGAACGGUGUAGGUGGCUAUAGCUCUCUUAACGAUCUAUUAGAACUGAGAGGUAGUCCGAUUACUGAGAUACGUGCAAACGAGGUAGUUAUUUACGAUUCCGCACUCAGUAAAAGCGAGGAGAAUUUAAGCACUGUGGGUUAUGCUGGUUCGGAACUGGUCGACCUUUCCGACGGUCAGGGCAGGGUGAGUCGCAUGCUGCAGAAAUUCGACCGUAACUACGGUAGACUGCAACAUAAGUCGCGCAGCACUGAGAACCUCCUAGACUUAGAUUCCACUUCCGUGAGGGCAAGAGCCCGACCCUCACUAAAGCCACAUCUGGUGCCAAAGCCAACAACCUCCCCGCUGCCGGACUCGCCAGUGCCGUCCAGCCCACCGUUUUCUCAGUCUUCCAUAACGAAAGCACAGCCUCCUCUGUCUGAUGUAGAAAGCCCUCCUGCCUCCCCGCAGCCCGCGUCUGCUCUCCUCCGGAGCUUGGAGGGCAGCCGUGGUGGUCGCCGAAUCACCAUAAAUCCGAAAGAUGAGGCAGAGAAGGUUGGGUCUUCCAAACCCAUCCGUGAGCGAGAAUGGGGCACCACGGAUGGGACCUCCAAGCCUCCCAAGGUGCCAUGCUCUCCAGAGAGACACCAUGCACGUGCCGACUUCCCCUCAGACAGACCCCUCUCCCCACCAGGCUCGCCCACUUUCGAGAUCCGCCCGUCUCCCAGGCCGGACCUCUCCCUGGUCCCGACCGGCGACAUCCAAGCCCGCGCUCUUGCCAACCUGCGCCUGCAGUCCCGCAACUCCUUCACAGUAAUCCCUAAGACGCGCCGUGGCUCCUCCACCUCCUCGCCGGGCAGCACCACGCCCUCCAGCCCGGUCUUGUCACCCCAGUCCCAGCGGCCGUCGGAGCCUGUCUCCCCUCCCUAUCUGACCUCUCCCCCAGCAGUGCCAACCACUCCAGUCAUGCCGCCCCCGACGCCACCCGUCUCAAAGAAGCUGGACGUCGAGAGGGCGCCCAGGCCAGCCAAAAUUGAGCCGCCACUUGCUCAGCCUGUACCCAGCAGCCUGCCUCAUGUCUCCCCUGCUCCCCUCUCGCCCAAGACAAAACCCACAGUGCAGCCGCCCCCUCCGCCCCCUGUCAGAGAGGAGCCACCGCCUGCUGAGAAGCUUCCUGUCACCAACAUUGACGAUGUGGAGGUGGAGGCCACAGCAUCCGCACGAGCACCUGUUCCUGCUCAGCCCACCAGCCCUGUGGUGCAGAGGCACAAGGGGUCCCACACCUUCACGGUGGUGCCCAAACGCAAGCAGGAGCCACAGCCGGCCUCGCCUGAUCCCCAGGAUUCUGCCGCAGGGUCACCUGUGGCGGGCGCAGGGGCCUCACAGGCCCCCUACGCUCAGCUGGGCAGCCUGCUGAAAAAGCGCUACCCGGCGGUGGAUGAGAUCGAGGUGAUUGGUGGCUAUCUGUCAUUGGGCCGCUCCUGCUUAUCCAAAUCUGGAUCCACAGGCAAGAAGCUGAAGAUCUCCUUCCCCGAGUCCAGCCUGCAGAGCAUGUUCGAGUACCCGUCCGAGAGCAGCGUGUGGGGUAGUGAAGAUGAGGAGGAGGACGACGACGACGAGGAGGAGGAAGGGAAGCAGAGACAGCCAGAGGAGCGGGGCCUCCUUGAGCGUGUGCGGAUCCCACGGGCCAGCUUCAGCAGCUCCCCCACACACAACAGCACUGAUCUGUCCAACUACACUCCGAAGCACGCUGUGGAUUACAGUGCCUGGCAGGACCACAAGCUUGAUGACCAUGCCCAGUCUCAACGCACAGACACACCCCAAGAGGAGGUCAUGCUCACGCCGGCCGAUAGCUCCUCCCUCUCAGACUUCAGCAGCGAACCAGCGCUCUACUUUUGAACCUCCUUCUGGACCGCUACGGGACCAACCACUGCCUGCAAGCACCAGCCCAACAACACAUGAGUAUGCAUACGCACAUUUACACACACACACAUGCACGCACGGACACACAGGCACGCACACACACCAGUGGGACCAAAAAUAACAACCCAGCAGGACAUGAACUGUUGUUCCAGUUUAGACUUUCAUACCACACACUCACAAACACAUAUACACACAAUACACACAAAAAUGCAAAGACACUCACAAACAUACACACAUAUCUAUUGAUACACACACAAAUGAAAACAUACUUAUUCUUACACACACACACUGGAAGCAGCAGGACUGUCCCUGUCAUCAGAGACCCUUAUGCAGUUUAUCCGUCGAUCACUUCCAAGACUGACAAACUGUGACUGCCCUCCAGGAAACCGGUUCCAGGUUUGAGACCGCGCCUGAUUGUCAAAGUACCCGCCCCACUGACACGGUGGGCGUGUGACUCCUGCCUCUCGGCGUGGUGGCCAGGCGGAACCUACUAGCCUAGCGGCAUUAGCCUCUCUGCCUUUAAAGCUUGUCUCUCUCAUGUAUUAGCGCCCCCGUUGCAUGAGCGGGGGUGGCGGGGGUGGCGGUCGUCAAUCUCAUCACCUCAUGAAAAGUAAGUGACCAAAUUUCUUUUUUUUUUUUUUCCUGAAGAGCAAGAAGCCUUCUGUGCCCAUCCUCACUGCCUAUGAGACUCAAGGUGGGGUGGAGAGGGGAGGGGGGAGAGGGGAGGGUAGGGUGUUCAAGAAUGCACACCUACAAACUCUUCAGAGAUGAGUGGAGGUGGAGGAGGAAGAGGUAACGGAGGAGAGAACUUGAUAAACAAAAGAAAAGAAGAAAAGAAAAAAAAUCUAAAAAAAUGUCUGACUUUACUAGUGAAAGGGUGCCACAGUACCAUUUGUUUGUGAUGCUUAUUAUUAUUAUUAUUUGUAUUUGCAUGUGUAGAUUCCUCAUUGACUUGCCCCUCCAUCCCAUUCCACCCCCAACUCAUAAAAAAAUGAGUCCCGGUUGGAUGAUUGUGAAUGUCUUGUAGUUUUGUAUUUCAUGAUGGUUGUAAUGAAACUGUGUGAAAGAUUGCAGAGGAAUUUCUAGAAUAGUUUAUCUGUAGGGCCAAGAACCAACCAAGCGUCACUGAGGUCUCUGUUUAAUUUUGACACUCCUGUGUAACCAUCAAAUCAGAAUCAGACCAAAUCAGAAUGUCAUGCUGUAUCAGGAUGUAAGCUUCGAGUCUGCUUUAUAUCUAGAUGCCUUUAUGUGUUUACACUGCUCUAGGACAGCAAAAUUAACUUUUAUACAGUUUCAUUUGGAUUAAGAUUGCUUAGGGGAUACUCAUAUCUAAUAGUGACCUAUCAAAUCUUAAUCGUAAGCAUUUUCUCUCCUUGGCCCAGCAGAAGUAGAUACAUAUAGUCCAUGGCAGCCAUGUUUCAGUAUUUUUAAUAAGUCUUGGUCUUAACAGUUGUAAGUAAACAUUUGUCUGAACUGGUCAGUAUAGAAACACACGCCAGCUGAAAGGCAAAUAUUAUCCAUAUGGUUGAGCUCUAUGUGUAUGUGAGCCUUGUAUGUAUGUGUGGCGAGAGGCAAAGUACAUGAGGAAGUUGAACUGACUUUACAUUGCUGGGCUGUUAUGUCUUUUUCCCCCUUUUUUAUACACACAUUGCCAACUUACGUGUGUGUCUGUGUUUAUGAGUGUGUAUGUGGCUGGGUGGCCUCCACUAACUAAAACGAUUGGUUCUCCCUCAGCCAGUAUUGUUGUAUAGUUUCUAUAGCCCAGGAUAAUGGUGUUUUCAUGAUAGUAAUUUAUUACAUGGCUUUUUUUAAAUAAUUUUUUUUCUAUAAAGGGCUUGGUGAGAAGCCCUCGGGGACUGUGGCCACGGUGCCGGGGAGCUUUGUCUUGCUUCUUUCUUUUUUUUUAAACUGUACUUAGGUCAUGAUUUGACAUCAUGUAGGAAGAAAGGUAGGCAUGUGUACACAAAAGCGAUGGCUGGAGUCUCAAUUAUUGUCUUUGUUUUUACUUUACAUUUGCACUUGUCAUUUUACUUUCUUUAUUUUGCACUUCUUCAUAAAGAAAAAGCAACUGUACACAUACUGUAGAAAGACCUCAGUGACAUGGGUGAGUUUGAACGGUUUUCCCUUUUCGUACAAGAAAAUAGGGAGGCACUUUCUGACCCUUACGAAGAGUUCCAAAACAAAAAAAUUGCAUACUAUUAUUUAUACGGAACAUCUUUUCAUGCUAGUGAAAACAGAACCACUGAACAGAAGGCCUGAGACAGCACGUCGAGACAUCCCUGUUGUUGCAUACAAGCACUUGCCUUGUCUCUGCCAGUCUGCCUCUUGGGCAAAUAGUAUUCCAAUGGGGAUAUGUGACACUAGCAGGCUUGUGGAAUGGCCUGAACUGCCACGGAAAUCGAUAGGCUCUGGUGGCACGGAGGGAGAUAGAGAUGUCUAGUACCCCUUCUCGUCUUCUGUCUAAGUCUUCAAACUGUUAUUUCCUGAAGAAUCCGAACCACUCUUAUGUGUAGAUAAUGCUUAUCUAUAUAUUUCUUUUUUUGUCUGUUUGAAUUUAUGUAUAUGUCACUCCAGCUGCCGAUAAGAUUCAACUGUGCAAUUUGUAUUCAUCAAGGAUUUCAGCAGAAAAAAAAAAACUGUCAGAAAAAGGUAAAUAAACAAAAGAACAAAUGAAAAAA